AAAGAGCUUCAGACACGGAUUUUGCACUUCCCUCCACAAUGUCUGCACAGACUCUGCUGCACCUCUUGGCUCUGGUGGCCUUUUUCUUUGCAGGAUCCGAUGCACAACUUCAUGAAUGUGGCUUAGCUUCUCCCAACUUCAAAAUAGUUGGAGGUCAGGACGGCUCACCUGGAAGUUGGCCCUGGCAGGUGAAGCUUUAUGGCCCGUUCAAGUGCGCAGGCUCCCUGAUCAACAAAAAGUGGGUUCUGACUGCAGCUCACUGCGUCUCUAGAACAACUCCGUCCAUGUGGACGGUGGUUCUGGGGCAGCAGAAUCUGAGCGACACACAGAUGAGAACCGGAGUGAGAAGGAACGUUGGAAGAAUCAUCGUACACCCCAAGUUCAAUCCCUCCCCCAUCGACAACGACAUUGCGUUGCUCAGACUCUCCUCACCGGUGAAGUUCACACAGUACAUCAGACCGGUGUGUUUGGCUGCGAGUGGCAGCCGGUUCAACAACGGCACCGACAGCUGGGUCACCGGCUGGGGAAACGUAGGAGAAGGAGAAUCUCUACCUGAACCUCAAACCCUUCAGGAAGUGAAGGUGCCUGUCAUUGGGAACAGACAGUGCAAGUGUUUGCUGGAAAGAUCAAAGAUCACAGACAACAUGAUCUGUGCUGGAGUUCUUUCAGGAGGAAAAGACUCUUGUCAGGGAGACUCAGGAGGUCCGAUGGUCAGCAAGCAGAGCUCACGCUGGAUCCAGUCUGGAGUUGUGAGUUUUGGCGUGGGCUGCGCUCGGCCCAACCUGCCCGGCGUUUACACCAGAGUGUCCCGGUACCAGUCCUGGAUAAACGCCCACAUCAGAUUUAACAAACCGGGCUUUAUCGAGUUCGCCUCCAGAGGAUCGGAUCCAGACAGCAGCUUCUCCUGCCAGCGCCGGCUGCCUGUCACCAAGUGAUGAAACUUAACCUCAGAUUCCACCCGAAACCCUUUCAUCCAUAUUUUCUUACAACAAAAAUGGUAGAAAAACAACAAAAUAGUAAUUAAUAUUUAAGGAAAAACAUUUUAAAUGUUUGAUUUUAAUAUUUACUUGUUUGCUCUUCUGUUAUUACUGUAAUUUCUUCAUAUCUAUAUCUUUCCCACACAAUAAAUGAACUUAUGAGGUUGUUAUAAAUUAAAAGUUUUGUUAAUAAAGAUAAUCUAAUGCAAUUAUAA